AUGAGGAAUGGAAAUUCAUGCACACCAAUAAAACUGUCAAAAAAGAGGUUUAUUAUACGAAACACAUGCCCAUUUGAUUCAGUAGCAAUAAUAAUUGUAAUGGCAUACUAUGAUAACCAUAAUUAUAAAUAUUACUUAGAUAAUUGUGAAAAUAUUUUUAUAAGGUUCUGCAAAGAUUUAGCUUUCCAGGGGCCAACGAAAACUAUUUACAAAGAGAGGGCAGCGAUAUUAAAAGAUAUUUUUGACGAUGCAACUGGUAUUUCAGGUGUUAAUAUAAUUGAUACAACUUGUAACGUUGCUUACAUCAUCAACAAACUCUUAAAAGAUGCACCAUCGGCCACAGAAACUUUAAGUUGUACAAAUGAGAAUUGUACAAAUAAUAAGAGUUAUUCCAAUCCAACAAUUAUUACAAAGAUUAAUGGUGGAUUUUCAGCAAUGGAAUCAACGAUUAUAGAAUACUUACACCCACGAUCUUUUGACUGUACAGCACUUCACUGUAAUGGAUAUAUAAUAGCCCAACGAACAUUGCAUAACCAUAUAUUUAUUGAAACUGAAGUAUUUGCAAACGGACAAAAAUAUUCUUUGAUGAACUUCCCAACCAAACUGAAUAUAAAAGAAUCUAGGUAA